AAUGGAUAACCUUCCUAAUUUACAGGUGAUAGAACAUUCUGAAAAAAUUCUUAACAAUUAUGAAAAACAAAUAAAAGAAAAGUACAUAAGUACGGAUAAAGAAACUCAACUACUUUUUAUUAAUAAAAGAAUUAAUGCGUAUAAACGAAUUGUGGACGAGGAUGAUUAUGUUCGAUUUAUUGAAAAUCACGGUUUAGAUAUGAAUGAGUUUGAUGGUCAACAAGAUGUAAAUAAUAUUCCUGGUUCAUUAAGGAAUAUUCGGUAA